AUGCCACGCCGUAAGGGCAUUGUCAGCCCCUACUGCUUCUUCGUGACUGAACAGCUGCCCGAGCUGCAGCGGCGUAGGCUGCCCGUGACCUGUGUCAUCGACGCCAUCCCCUAUUGCUCCCAGGCUUGGGCGAUGCUGACUAAGGAAGAAAAGCUGGCAUAUGCAGAGAAAGCUUGUAAAUUGAGUGGAAAGAGAUGUUCUCAGGAGACAGUGAAAGAGACAUGUAACCUGGCUCUUCCGGUUCCUGCUUGUCCCACCACAAAGAUGCCCUGUGUGACUUUUCCAGAUGCCUCUGUUAUGUCUUGGAAGAAUGAUCAGGCUGUACUUGUAGACAUUUUCUACUUCCUGAACAUUUACAGCCAUGGCAAGCUGCCAUCCCACUGUGAACAGCGCUUCCUGCCUUGUGAGAUUGGGUGCGUCAAGUACUCCCUGCAGGAUGGCAUAAUGGCUGAUUUCCAUCACUUCAUAGAGCCAGAAGUACCACCACGUGGGUUUCGGUACCACUGCCAGGCUGCUAGUGAUGCCACUCACAAGAUCCCUAUAUCUGGAUUUCAUCUUCCACGUACUUGUUAUGCGGUUGUCUUAUGGGAACUUCUUGAGUUUGUCCACCCAGCCAGAGGUGUUUGGCCUCGCGUUUACUGCAGGUCUAAUGACAGGUUUCGAAUUAGCUGGUGUCUCAAUCGAAUGGCUAGCAUCACAGGCAUUGAAAGCCACCUGGAGCUCCUUGAUGUAGAGGACCUGGUAAUAGAGCUGCACCAGAAGAAAUACCAAAAGGAGCCAUCCAAGACUUGGGUGUGUAGAGAACUGGAUGCCUUCCUGUGGGACUUUUCCAGUAAUACCAGGUGCAAGUGGCAUGAAGAGAAUGACAUACUCUGCUGUGCUUUGGCAUCCUGUAAGAAGAUUGUUUACUGCAUCAGUAAAUCUUUAGCUAGUGCAUAUGGAGUCUCACUGACAGCAGCUCACCUGCCUCUUCAAGACCUUGAUAAUGGUGAAAGCACAAAUACCAAGAUGGUGAUAUUGGAUGCUGGACGUUUUCAGAAUAUGAAGGCUGAGGGUCCUGCAUGUGACCGACAUUUUGCUUCUCCAAGUUGGCAUCAAGAGUUUGUCCCUUCUCAUUGUGAUUCUCCGUGCGGUGUGAAGACCUGUUCCCUUUAUGGAACAAGCAUCAUGCGAGGAAGAGGAAUUACUCAACUGCUGAAAAGUGCAUCUAAUCUAACCAAGCAUUUCAGUAACUGAAGGUCUUUUUUACAUCCAGGACAGCUGUAAAUUGUACUUUUCCUUGUUUUCCUAAGAUAACCAGCAGUUUUUUCCAGUUUGCAGUGUUUCAUCUUAUGUGCAAACUUUGACAGUUCAAGUUCUUGUUAGAAUGGUAAAACUAUUGACCAGAUUUAAAGACAACCAAAAUCUCAUUAUCUACAGGAAUACUUACUUUGAAGGGAUCUGAUAGUUGUGUCUUCUCUUUAAAAAUAUAUGCCAUACUCAUUCUAUUUCUUACAGGGUGGAGUUCAAAUUCAAGAUUGAUUAGUCGAUAUCACUGGAUUAGAAGAGUAAUUAGUGGUCUGUGUAAUUUUAAACAAGUGCUUUAUUUUUUUUCAUAACCUCCUUGCCCUCUCCUGCAUGUGGAAGACAUAACUUCAUAAAAGUUUCUUCCCCAAGAAGUGAUGGGGAGGGGGAGGGUGGGGUGGCAGCACCGAAGGUAGGAAGGGCUGCAAUAGGGGAAUUAAAAGGUGUAACAGUCUUGAAGGUUUGCUGUAAAUCUGUCAGUUCUAGACACAAAAAAUUUGAGUGGCCAUUCAAGGCAGAAAGACUUGCUAUGAAAUGCCUUGGAAGAAACUUGGUGAAAAUGUGUCCAUUUACUAAUGUUCUUUUGGAGGCACAGGUUAUAUACAUCAGGAGCAAGUACAGUACAGAUUUUUUUUUCCUUCUGCAUCAGCUUUUGUUUCAAAACAAUGUAUGUCCCUCAAAGUUAGAGACUGAAGACAAGUUUAGAUGUUACGGGUAUUUUUGAAUGGAAUAUCAAAUUCCAGCAGAUACAUGAAUCUGCAGAUAUAACUUCACAAGCUUAGUCAUGCUGAGGAGAUACCAGUCACAAAUUAUUUGGGGGCACAUAAAAACUGGGAGACUGAAGUAUCCUUAAGAAGUUAGUUGUUUCAUUUUAUAGAGGUAUAAGUGUUGAACUAGUUCCCAAAAAGUUGUCUGUUGACAGAGCCUUGUCCUUAGUCUGUGUGUCUUUAAGGAACUAACUGAUUGUCAGAAACGAGAUUAUUUUUUUCAGUUGUUUCUACAUUUUGUUCCAACAGAGGUCCAGUUGUGAAAUACUGUUUCCAUAGCAACUGUGAGAAGAUAGCUAUUGCAUUCCUUGUAGGAACUGAAACUGAAGAUAAGGUAGCUUAUUCUUCUGCAUGAUGGGAGGG